UAAUUGUUUUGAGCAAUUUUACUGCGAAUAGCUAGCUAGCUUGCAGUUGCUGUACCUUUAGCUUUACUAUUUGCAGGCAGCACUGACAAAUUGCAAAGCAUGCUCUUGGUGUAUCGGUUUACCAUUAACCAUUAAUUUCUUCCACGCGUAAUUCAUUUACUAGUUAUCUGUUACGAUAGACUAAUCUUUCUAGUGGUAAACUCUUGCUGAAUGAUUGGCCACACAAUUUCCAAGGCAUGUGCGUGACGACUGGACGUAAUCUUCAUACACUGUGUCACUCGUCGGCAUAGACAUACUAGUAAUCAUUGCACGGUAGCAGAAGUGAACCACUGGUUUCAAACCUCGGCAUGGACACUUUAGAAAAAGUUCAAUCAAAUUCACAAGAAUUAGCUGACAAACUUGCAGACCAAAAGUUGCGUCUAUGGACCACCUUCAUGGUGUUUAUUCUCUUGGCUGGGUUCGGAGUACCUUUGUGGUGGUCAACAACUACGGUGUAUCGUGCUACGUUGCCAAUGCAGCAGAUCAAUGACCUGUCACUAAUGAAGGUACAAGUGAAAGUUGAGCUGGAGCUUCUACUUGAAGUGCAGCAGCUAGGGCAAGCAGCAAACCUGCAAUCUAGCUUGGAAGCACUGCUAAGACAGAAUUGUGAAGACGCUCCUGUCUGCGUGAACUAUGACAUCACCGUUUUACCAUACCCGGAUUGGCUGAGCACAUCUCUCAGUCAUGGAGGUAAUAUAAAAGAUGCCAUUGCCAGAAACUCGCAGGGCGGUGCAUAUAUCCAACUGCAGUCUGAAUCAACAGACAAUGUGUUGAAGUACUCCAUUGUCUUGGACAAUAGCCUGGACAGCAGUAGCAGGAAGGAUGACCAGGAAGAGGAUAGUCAGCCAUCCAUGUGGAUUGGACAGGAUCAAUAUAUUCUGCUUCAAAACUCCCAUCAAGAUGUGGGUGCCGUCUCAACGCUUAUUAAGAAUUCAGUGGAGAGGGCACUCCUGGGGUGGGACAACGCACUUUCGGCUUUCUCUGCGGUUGCGGAUUCAAGCAUUCAACCUGAUACUGACAGAAAGGCUGACCGUAGUGACUUGAUGGCUGUCACCUCAACACCGGGUUACCGGCUGGCAUUUACCCUAGUCAACUCGAAUCCAGAACAUGCCCAUGUGGACUGGAAUAUCAAGCGAGCUCUCACCAAUCACCUUCAGCCACUCUUAGAUCAGCUUUCACCGUUGGCAGAGUUCAUAGUUGAUACACAAAUGCUGAACUUUGUGUCAAGUAAAUUGUCAGCCAGUCGUCAUGGCGAUGAGUAUCAUCUGACGUACGAUCAGCUAUCUCACAUGAUCAACCCACUGGAACUGUCGCUAGGUAGCCACUCAUCGAACCUUUCAACUCUUCAUUUCAUUGUGUACAUCCCAAGCAAGGACGAGUCACCACUCCGUGUUCUCAAUCAAGAAGGAGUCGCUACUGAAAACAACUCUUUUCUUGUGGAUCGCUGGGGAGGUCUUCUCGUGCAUAAUGUUGAUGCACUUGACAACAACACUGAUGCUUACAAGUUCCAUGAGAUAUCCGACGAUGCCAUGUCAGCAAUCAUGGCGGUGUUUGCAGCGCAGCUGAAGCGCUUGGUUGGAGUGAGGCAACCUGACGUUUCCUUUGGUAAAGUGUCACUCCUUUCGUCGAGCAAUUCUAUCUCCUACCGGGAAUGGAACAGUGUACUACUGAGCCGCACCGUGGAGAAUGUGGCCCGUGCACGCGCAACCCUGCAGGCACUUGUGAAGCUGCUUGACGACGUCUCCAACAUGGUCAUCUCUGAUCACAUCCAAGCUGAGGUGGUCUACGCUGUACAACUCAUAGACAAAAGCUUGAUUCGACUAGCCGAGGGCUCGCUUCUUGAUGCCUAUAGUCUGUCUCGUAGUGCCUUGGUAGCAUCAGAGAAUGCUUUCUUUGACCCGUCCAUGCUGGCGUUACUCUACUUCCCUGAGGAGUCCAAGUAUGCUAUCUACGUGCCACUGUUCAUUCCCAUGGCAGUGCCGGUACUCGCAUCUCUAGUUCAGUCUAUCAAGCUCUUCAAGACGGUGCAGCAAUUGAAAUCAGCUCUGCACCCGGCAGCCGCUUCACCGGCUGAAUCAGUAUCCGAGUCCCUACAAAGCCACCUGAAAGCAGAGUGAUCAGCUACCAAUCCGAGUUGUUGAAGAAGAAGCUGACGGUUCACCGAAGUACCAACUUCCCAGUACAUGUACACUUCUAGUGUCAAUUCACAAUGCUAUUGGAGUGUCGGCCUUAGCACUACUACUUGUACUAACUUGGCCGCCAUGUACCAAGUAGGGAGCAUGGACUCAUACUGGGUAGUCCGUUGUGCACCCUUUUUUUACUUCCAACUGCCUAUUUCCAGUGCACACUGUGCUGUUGCUCUGGGUUUUGACUGCUGCUUGCAGUGCUGCUUGCAGUAUUGCUGCAAUUUGCUGGAUCAUUGCCGGUGUAUUGUCCGUCGUUCUUGUUUUAAAGACAAGAUCAUUGAGAUUUUGAGACGGCGUUGAUCAAACCGGUGCACUGCACAGUCAUGCUUUACUGCAGUAUACGAGCACUAGCGUUUUCAUUGCCACUACACUGCCAUGCCAGUGUACACAGACAUCCAUAGGCAUAGGAUGAGGUGACUGACUACAUGUGCAUGUACAUGUAUACUAAUGAAGGCUUUAGUGCAGAGAAUAGGGCAUCCUUGGAAGCGGGUGGCUCUUGCAUUUUAUAACUUUCCUUUUCUCAAGAAAAUGCAUUAGGCAUGUCAGCAUCUUCUUUUCUUUUUGCUCCACCGCUUUCAUAAUGGAUUUACCCUGACAUGUACAUACAUGUAUUCGUCAUAGCAGCUAUGCCCGCGUGAUGAGAAGGAUUUUUGAAGGCACACUUAUGUUCUCUGAAAUUUGUUUUAUAGAGUCCAUCAACCACGUACUGACCCGUGAAAGAACAUUACGUGUAAACGGA